AUGAACUGUACUCCUAAUGCCACCAUCAGUCCACAGCUGGGACUUGUCUUGAGCCCAGGGGCUGGAGAUGGAGCACCCCAAGAGAGUGGUGGUGGUGGUGGUGGAAGCAGCGGGGGCCUCUGGGUGACAUCUGUCCUAGGUGCCACACUAAUGAUUAUGUGCGCUUUUGGUGUUGCAGGAAACACGUACACCCUCGUGAUUACACGCUCAGCCGCUCUGCGUCGGACAGGCUCAAUGUACGUAUACAUCAUUAAUCUGGCUCUGGCUGACCUGCUCUACCUCUCCACCAUCCCCUUUGUGGUUUGCACCUACUUCGCCCAUGACUGGCUGUUUGGCGAGGCAGGCUGUCGCAUCCUGCUUAGUCUUGACCUCCUCACCAUGCACGCCAGUGUCUUCAUUUUAGUUGCUAUGAGUCUGGAGCGUUACCGCGCUGUUGCCAGGCCCUUCAGGGCACACAGGACCUCAUCCCGAAAACGAAAGCUAGGUGCAGGGAUUAUCUGGGGGUUAGCUUUUGUGCUGACCCUUCCCAUGAUGGUGAUGAUCCGACUCAGGGAGGGAAAACCCACAGCGGCUGGUUUGGUUAAGAGGAUCUGCUUCCCUACCUGGACCCCUGAGGCCUUCAAGGCUUAUAUCACUGUGCUGUUUCUAACAAGUGUUUUAGCUCCUGGAUUGGUCAUCGUUGGACUCUAUGUGGGGCUAGCCAGGCGCUACUGGGCUGCACAGGCUAGUUUAGGAGGUAGCAGCCGUUCUGUCCGGAGGAGAGGACUUAAACAAAAAGUUGUAUCGAUGAUCUUUAGCAUCGUAAUGGCUUACUGGGCCUGUUUCUUACCUUUCUGGGGAUGGCAGCUAGCCAAAAUGUUCUCUCCAGACUCUCUUAAGGCUCUGUCUCCUGCUGCCCACAAUUACGUGAAUUUCUUCGUCACAUGUCUGACCUACGGGAACAGCUGCAUCAAUCCAUUUCUUUACACUCUUCUGACCCGGAACUAUAAAGACUACUUAGCCCAGAAAGGUCAGUCUGUUGGGUCAAGCAGGGCUGACCCUGCGUCUGCUGUAAGCACGCCUCUGCAUGACCUGUAG